CUUACGAUACUCGCGUUCAAUUGCUCCAGUGGGUUCAUUUUAGAGACCAGAUUGUUUUCGAGUUGGAGAAUCUCGUCAAAAUGGAGGAAUAUUCUUCUUUAAUGUCUAAUGAAAGUGCCGCUUCAGGCAAUGGUGGAAAAAUUGUCAAGACUGCAGAUGAUGUCCAUGUAAUAAUACUGGAUCAGAAUGGAGAGGUAGCAACGCCACAAACAACAACAGUAGAACUACACAGCCAACUGCACGGUGAUAUCGACUGCCGAUCGCCUAUAUCAUCCAGCGAAUUCGAGGCUGUGAAUAACGUUAGCUGUAGAGGAAUAUGUGUCGAAGACGAGAAAGCAGAGUGGGAAUACAGGUAUCAAGAGGCGGCAAUGUAUUUGAAAGAGGGCGAAGAAAACGAACAAUUCGGCAGUCUUCCCAGGGCAAAGAACGCAACCAUCGCUCAAAUAAUCAUUCAUAACUUUUGGUUCAACGUCAUCGAUCUUUUAGCGUCUUGCUUUAUUUUGAGCCUAGCACUGGUGGAGUCGCCGGCAACGAUUCCUAUUCCAGUUCGGAUUCAUGCAUCGUUUGAACUCUUUGCUUUAACCAUCAUUGCAUUUGAUCUCUGCAUGAAAUUACGAUGGCUUGGUUGGAAAGAGUUCUUUUCGUACAAAAGAACAGGACUGAAGGCCGUCUGCUUAUCUAUUAUGUACACUGAAGCAAUUGUAGUGAUGAUUUAUGGUGACGCCCAUUUCCGUGUGACGCGUGCUUUACGGCCCAUCUUCCUGAUUAACUGCCAUUUCCUCGGCGGUGCACGACGUGUGCUACAGCAGAUCAUCCGAUCUAUUCCCCCUAUCGCCGAUAUGAUGCUACUUCUAUUUUACUUUCUACUAAUAUUCUCAGUCCUAGGAUUUUAUUUCUUUGUUCGGGUACCUGAGGACAUCUAUUUUAGCACGAUCAUGGACAGCAUUAUAAACCUGUUUGUCCUCACAACCACAUCAAAUUUCCCGGAUGUAAUGAUGCCGACUUACCACAGCUCAAGUUGGAGUGUGCUGUUCUUUGUCAUUUUUCUUGCGAUUGAACUUUAUUUCGUGACAAAUUUACUCCUAGCAGUUGUGUAUGAUACGUUUACCGGAAUUGAAAAGGAUAAAUUUAAGAAACUACUGUUGCAUAAAAGACUGGGAGCUGAAAAGGCAUUUCAGCUUCUCUGUGGCGAUGGGCAUCUCAACCGGAUCUGCUUCACGCAUUUCCAAGGCCUAUUAAGAUACUAUGCUCCGAAAUUGAAGAAACACUGUGCCUUUCUGGUUUUCAAGACGCUGGAUAAGUCGGAAUCAGGGAUGCUCAGCCUAGAUGAGUUCAACGACGUGUACGGCAUCACGAAACUGAAAUGGCAAUCAAAACGAGAUUUGAGGCCUUGGUUUGAAACGCUUCGUUGUGGCUUAGCUGAGCCAUGUCGAUACAUCCAUAAACUCGUCAAUUCAAACAAAUUCAAUGCGUUUAUAUUCAUUGUUAUAGUCUGUAACAGUAUCCGUUAUCUAGUCAGAACUUUCAAAAUUUCACUAUAUGUGUCUGAAUGUGUACUAAAACUGAUAGGACAUGGGGUUAAAGGUUACUUCAGCUCUGGAUGGAAUGUAUUUGACUUCAUUGCUAACAUAUCGGCUAUAUGUGGUGUAUUGUCAAAUGUCUUUGAUACUUAUUUCUACUACGUUGUCAUGCUGUGGCCUCUUCGACUGCUCAGAUUAUUUAAGGUGAAAAAGCGUUACCGAGAUGUGUUGGCCACUGCUUACGUCUUGCUUCCGUGCAUGUGGAGCGUUUGUAUCGUGCUUUUCAUCCUGUUCUACUUUUACGCAAUCAUUGGAAUGGAACUAUUCCAUGACCUUCCACUAGAGAAUUGUUGCCAGAGCACAUAUUUUGCCGAUUAUUACAGCAAUACAACAACAUUUAAACAGUAUUUUUGGCUCAACAACUUCAACAAUAUUAUUUUCAGUUACACAACCUUGUUCGAGUUGACUGUCGUUAAUAACUGGCAUAUUAUCAUGAAUGGUAUUGCUGAAGUUAACGGAGGAUGGAGCAGACUAUAUUUUGUCGUGUUCUAUUUAAGUAGUAUGGUUGUCAUGACAAUUGUUGUAGCAUUCAUCCUCGAGGCAUUUAUCUUUAGAAUGCGAUACGAGAAAAAGAAACACAAGAAGCAACCUGCUAGUGCUGAUGCAGAAGUGGAGUUUCAAUACGUUUUGACAAAAGCUGAAAUAAAGUAUCAUUUCCCUGAUGCUAGAAAUGAUGAAGAGUUGUCAGAGUUAAUGGAAGAAAUCAGAACAUGGGGGAAAGUUACCUUUAAUGGUACUCGUGAACGAACCAAGGGAGACUUGGAGCGAACAAUGUUUGCCGACGAGAUAAAGGAAUGGAUCCAGGAGAAUGAAUUUGAAAAUAACCUUAAAUCAGUGACGUCAUCGACAGAAAACGACAGCCAAGUUUGAGAAUCAAACGUACUACCAAGAUGUAGCUUGCUGGAUAAGGUUCUUGCCUUCCAAUCCAAUGGUGCUGGUUCAAUUCCUGUCAGGAACAACAUUUUUCUUCCCACGACGAAAGCUCCAUUCCCUGAACUUAAUGAUGAUGAGACAUAUCUAUAGUUUGUGUAGUACAGCACCAUGUAUAUUAUAUAAUAUAUGUUUGUCUUGUUUGAGGGAUUGUCACGUAUUAAAUAAGACAGUGGUUAAUAUUAUUGAAAAACGUUGACUCAUGUAUGUUUGUAUUAGUUUUUCUUUCAAGUGUGUUUGUCAAGUUGUAAACUUGAAUUUGUAAAUAUUUUAUUAUUUGUCUAUAUUUACAUUGGUUCCUAUAGCACAGUCUAAACGUGUAAAAUUGUUUUAAUAAACAAUGGAAUUUGUUUUAUAUGCUUAAUACAUGGUACUCUUCACGCCACCAUAGGCGGAUCUAUUUAUUUGCAUUAUUAUUGAGGCUUAUAUUUUUCAAAGCAUUUUCUUAGAAUAAAAAUUAUGUUUAAGUAGCAAUGCAAAGAAUGUAUACACUUGUGUUAGAAAAUAUAUAUG